AUGGCGUCGAACAACUUUUCCAUCAUCCACGCCUGGGGCUCCCAGUCCCACUCCCAGGCGCUGCUGUCCCAGGAGCACGUGAAGUUUCUGGACUCGGCGCACAUCAUUUUCCCCGUGGGGAGGUACUUGUGUAUCCGGAAUGUCUAUACCAACACGGAUAUCAAAUGUAAAAAUGUCUGGGUCUGGAACAUUCUAAACUUGUGAUGCUGUCUCUGGAUACUGAAAAAAUUUGUAUUGCAUGACCAGCAAGAGGACUCCAGUUUGUGCGACGCGGAGAGGUCGUUUCUCAUGCUGUAGAGGCAUCACAAAGCGCUCUAAAAAUCUGUGAUGCUAAGGCAUGCAUGACAGACAUCAUGGGUCAUGGAAAAUAUGCAUGACAAAUCUAGAAAUCCCCCUGACCCAGACAUUUUUACAUUUGAUAACGGACAGCUACUUCCUGAAGCAAGCGACCACGGUAUUACAAUGAAAAAUGCCCCCACCCCCGAACUUGGAAGCAUUUGUGUUGCAAACCUUUCCAAAUGAAACCUUCGCCCUCUUGCAUCUAUCAGCAUCACAGGUUUCCAAUCGUGAAUAGCAAAAAUUUGUAUUGCAAAAUACGCCAGCAAAAGCGGCGCUUGUCAUGCAAGCGAUGCGAUACACGCCUCCACUCUGCAUCAGAAAGAUUCAUACUCCUUUCAUGCAUGACAAAAAGUUUUCAUUUGGAAGCUUUGCAUCACAAUUUUUUGCAAUUUUACUUUUAGCGGUGGGGGGCAUUUUUCACUGUAAUACACGGCGAGCACGAGCGUGGAGGCGAUCACCAGUUUUGCGGUUUCGUUAGAUAAAACUUUCAUCGUCUCCUGCGAAACCACGACAAGCACCAGCAGCAGCUCAAGUACCAGCGCGAACUCCAACGGCGGCCAAGUGACGAUUUACAACUUGACGAGUAACAACAGUUUCCAGGGAACCACAACCGACAACCUCGGGUUGAAUGUGAAAAGAAGCGGCUACACGAGCUGUGCCAUCGACGCCAACCACACCCGGGUAGCGCUAUGGCCGUGCAAAAGAACUCCUCCUCGUUCUCAUUUCUCAUGCAAAACACCAAAACCACGCUUUCCCUCCUGUCACUAUUGUGCAUGACAAGUUCUGGUAGCUGCCCGAAUAGAAUUACAAUCCAGUGCAAAUUUUUUGUCAUGCAAAACCGGCAUUCUGAUUCUUGCUGAUGCUUGUAUUGCCGUUCAUGCUAGAGUACAAAUGAGGGGGAGCUGUGCACUGUUAUAAGCGCUUUUGACCCCACAGUAUGAAGACCCCACGACGUUUUUCAGUGCGCGAACGGGGACGAUUCUGCAGCUUUGUGAGUUGAUAUCGCAACAAGAGAAAAGUGUUACAGUUACACAUUGUAGUGUUGCAGGCCAAGCAAGACAGACAAGCUCUGUCAUGCCGGAUAUGCAUAGGUGGAGCCUCGUUUCAUAGGUGUUUUCCAGUAGGAUUUCUGCAUUACAAGUUUUCUCUGUCAUGCAGAGAAAUUUGUGUUGCUCAAUUCACUACGGGUGUGUAACUGUUGUAACACUUUUUUCGUGGGAUAGUUGAACACGGUGAAUUACUCGUUGACGGUGCUGUGCGAGCAAACCUUGCCGUUGGAGUUGCAGAAAGUCACGUUCUAUCAACGGCAAAUAUCGAUCUGGGUCUGGAUUUGUGAUGCGAAAUUGGAAGGACAGCAAGGAUGUGUGAUGCAUAGAUACGAUCAUGGCCCGUUUUUUUGUCAUGCACAUGCUGUGAAAAAAUAACUCAGUUUGUCAUGCAGUAAACACACUAGAACUUCUUGUAAGUUGCCGAGGAGCACGUGAUGUCAUGCUGUUCUGCGGGUUGUACAAAGGAACAAGCGUCUGGCAUGCAAGGACCACCAUGACAAAUUGCAUGCAACUUUCCAGAGCACCCACAUCGAUAUUUGCACUUGAUGCGUUCGCGCCCUACGAUUCGAACUUGUUGCUGCUGUCCGGGAAUGGGGGCUACUUGAAGCUUUACAAGUACUACUUAUUUUUGAGAAAUUUUUUAUUAUCCGGUGUUCGGCAUGAAAAAAUGUAAAUGGAUUUCUUUUUCUGGUUUCUGCAUAACAAAAUGUGUUUUUUUUCCAGGGUUCUGCAUGACAAAAUGAAUCUCUUUUUCUGGUUUCUGCAUGACAAACUAGCUACUCUCGCCAUCACAGGUACAACACCACGUCCCGCGACCUCCGGCCGUUUCCUGACUUCGAGGGAGACAAAAUCAAUCCGGAAACCACCAUCUUCUCCACCUACACAUGGACCGGGCCGAUUAUGGCGUUCACAAAUCGGUUUUACCUUCUCAACUGCUACAUGAAUUUGUCUUGCAAAAUGAACAUCAACAUCCACACGGCCAAUCUACUUCGCAUGACAAAUUUCAAAAAGGGUAUUACCAGCAUGGGGACAUCAAAAAUCUGUGCCGAAGUUGUAAUGUAAAAGUUGCAAGAUCCGACCUUUGUAUUUGUUCCCUUCUGCCAUUCUUGCAUCACAAAUCCAUGCAGCAACAGUUCGAGAAUAUAACGUUUGAGAGCCCUAUACCGAUGCCCGCGAAAAACGCCUUAUCAAAUGUAAAAAUGUCUGGGUCUGGAAAAAUGCAAGUUUGUCAUGCUUGUCUGGCAUGACUCUUAAGUCUGUCAUGCACAUUACCAAAGAGCCCCACUUUUCUGUCAUGCAGAAACGUAGUUUGUCAUGCAGAAUAGGCAACACCUAGAAGCUCAGAAACUUGUCAUGCCGAGCCAGCAAUUGUGGCCUCCUCAUGAUAUGCCACACAGCAUCACAAAUUUCCAGACCCAGACAUUUUUACAGUUGAUACGCCUCUGGAGGCAACAAUAACACCACCUCCGACACGGAGCCCGCUGCUCCGAAUAACUCUAUCAAAAGGAAAAAUCCCCCUCCCCAUAUUGACAACGUACGUUUUCGCAAAUUUGUGUUGCUGAUUUGUGACCACAAAUGGUCUCUGUGUUGCAUGAAGGCAACCCCACAGGCUCCGCCGCUUUCUGCCGGCGGUUUGUCAUGCUCUUGCUCCUACAGCGUAGACGUCUGUCACGCUAAGCGCCUAGGCCAAUACCUCUCGGCUCAGACUUGAAAUGUGUCUGCAGUCCUCUCCAGCAAGACAAACCUGAUUUGUGUACACAAAUCCAGCAACAGAGCAGGUUUCCGGUUCAAUAUGGGGAGGGAGGAUUUUUCCUUUCGAUAAAUUCCAAGGAAAAACCGCGUCUGCAGCUGCUGCAGAAGUUGUGGGCGAAGCAGAAGGAAAUUCUGGCGGUCAACAGCCAGAAGCAGGAGAUUUACCUGGUGGAUUCUCAGACACUGAAAAUCGUAGAGGUUCUGCAGGAUUGUUUUGACGAUACGAUCUCCGAAGAGGUGAAACCAUUGGCGAUCUGCACCUUCCAGAAGGGGUUUAUCAUUGCGGGGAGCGAUGGGUACUUGGGGAUUUGGGAUAUUGCAAGGAAAAAUCCCCCCUCCCCAUAUCAAAACGAAAUUUCUGAUGCUGGAUUUGUGUACACAAAUCAGCUUUGUAUUGCAGGAAGGCAUCGAGGCCAGAUCCCCAGGCUAGGCAGGGGCGUAUGGGUCUAGUUGUUCAGCAUGGCAACCGGCUCCCCUUUAAGCCCGACAGCAUGACAAAUCGGUUCCAUAAUGGGGCCGAAGCUUCUGCCCUUGUCGUCUUGCAAAACGCAUGUGAUUUGUGGCCUCAAAUCAGCAACACAAAUCUUCGGAAACAUGGGGAGGGGAGAUUUUUCAUUUUGAUAUGGGAGCGGCUGGACUCGCACAGCUACCGGUUCGUCCGGAACUUGUACACCGGCAGGAAGUAUCCAUUGCAAAUAUCCUUGGAUGUCUGGAAGGAUGCAAGGUUUGUCAUGCGCAUUUUGCAUGACUUCUGAUGUCUGUGAUGCAUGCCCUAGCAGCACAGAUUUUAUGAGGGCUUCCUGAUGCCCACACCGCAUCAGAAAUGCCCUGUCGUCAUGGCAAAAACUGAACCUCUUUUGCUGUUCAGGCAAUACAGAUUUCUUGUGGAAUCCAAAUCCAGCAUCACCAGUUGCAACUUGAACUUUCCAGACCCAGACAUAUUUGCAAUGCAUAGGAAGUCGAACGUGGUUUCCAUCGACAUUGCCGUUGACGACGAACUGUUUUUCGGAAAGGAGAUUUUGCAGCAGCACGGCAUCGACACUGCCAACGCCGGCAUUGUGCAAAGCCAACAGCAGUUAUGAGAGUCGUGCACAGGAGCUCUUCCUCCAACGCAUUUGUCGUGCAAAACACCGAAUCCACCUUUUGCCUCUUGGCACUACUAUGCAUGACAGGUUCCGAAAGGAGCCGAGUCACCACUAGAACAAUCGGUCGCAAAUUUGUGAUGCAAAAGCUGCAUCUUUGCUAGCGUUUGUGUUGCUACGGAUGUUGCCAUCCAAAUGAGGGGGAGGGGGAGUUCUUGUGCACUCUCAUAGCAGUCGUCUUCAAACACCUCCGGCACAAACAGCCAGGCCGGAGUGGUGUUGGCCUUAUACAUCGCAAAAGUGUGGUCGUACGAGUAGUAAAUGGUAUAAAAAUUUGCAGUUUCAAAUUUCAAUUUGCUUAGCAUGAAAGCAUCAAUUUGUAUAUGCAAAUUCAGCUCAAGUUCAACAUUUGUCAUGCCUGCUUGCAAUUACUGCGAUUACAAUGCUUUUGCAAUGCAUAAGCCUUUGCGGAUGGGGAUUUUUGCUACGUGAAUCUAGCGGAAUUGUAUCUGGCGAAGGAGAAACUCACCUUCCCGGCCAACCGAUCCCUUAUGGCGUUCUCAAACGUUACAUUCUCAACUGUUACAUGAUGAAUUUGUGAUGCAAAAACUACACGCAAAAGUAAAAGGGGGGGCCUUGCCCUUGCACGUCUUGCAUUACAGAUUUGGCACAGACUGUUGUAAUGCUGUUUAGCUUGUCGAAAACUUGUCAUGCGAAGAAGCUUUAUCGUGAGAAGCGUGAUUGUGAUUCUGCAUGACAAAUUCAUGUAAGUGUUGGGAAUGUAACCCGUCUGAGAACUUCGCCAUAUCCCUCGCCGCGCACUUUGGACCGGUGUUGUCUGUGUCCUCUGCGAAUUCGGAACUGCGACCGCUGUUUAUCAGAGUGCAUAACUCUACUCCCUCGUUCUCAUUUCCCAUGCAAAACGCCAACUCUAGACUGGUGUCCCUCCUGUCACUCUCAUGCAUGACAAGCUCUGGAAGCCCAAAAUAGUACUACACUCCAGUGUACUUGAAUUUGUCAUGCUGAACCGGCAUUCUUGCUGAUGCCUGUAUUGCCGUUCAUGCUAAACAAAUGAGGGGGAGGGGGACGAGUUGUGCACUGUCAUACUGUUCUUAACGUGCGCCGGUUCGAAGGACGACAGCUCUUUAUCAAAUGCAAAUAUGUCUGGGCCUGGAAGACUGCGAGAGUUGUCAUGCUUGUCUGGCAUGACUCUGGACUCUGUGUUGCGUGGCCACAAGCAGCUCCCUGUGCCUGUCAUGCGGAAUACGCAACUACACAGCGCGACGAAAAAACCUGUCAUGCUUGGCGGUGCAUUACAGAGUGCUUAGUGUUCGCUGAUUUGCAUUUACAAGUUUCCAGAUUCAGACAUAUUUGCAUUUGAUACUCUUUGAGGCUGUACAACUACGAGACGCUGGAAUUGGAACUGAGCUAUCACAAGGAAAAAUACCCGCUCCCCAUAUCAAAAGCAAGUUUCUGAUGCUGGAUUUGCGUACUAUACGAAUCAGGUUUGUCUUGCAGUAGAGGACACCAGCAGGCUCCUGCUAAGCCUGAGUAGAAAGCUUUUCGCCUAGGCGCUUAGUCGAUGAGAAACGUCUAUGCUGUAGGCCCAACAGCAUCACAAACCGCCUGCAUAAUGCGGCAGAGCCUGUGGAUGAAUGUCUUCUUGCAAGACAGACGCGAUUUGUGGUCUCAAAUCAGCAAGACAAAUUUUCGGAAAGAUUAUAACGUUUCGAUAUGGGGAGGGGGGAUUUUUCCUCUCAAUAUGAGCACGUUUUUCACCAGCGAAAAAGCGCCGAUCCAAUGCGCGAUCCACCCGGACGGCUACAGCUGCGCGGUAGCCUUCGCGGACGGAACCUUGCGCAUGUUCCACUUGCUAUCAAACAAAAAAAGUUCGUCACGAUCACUCUUGCGCAUCUUUGCAAUACAAAGCUUCCUGCUACGCGUAAAAAUGCAUCACAGCACCAAAACUUCUCAAGGGAUUCCCCUAGUGCUUCUGCAAUACACGGAAAAGCUGCGAUGCUAAAAAAAAUUUGUAAUGCCAAACCUGCAAGUUCGUGACUGUGACAAACUUUUUCCUCUCCAUACUUGCUCGCCAACAAAAUUCAGCAGUACGCAGAACUCCGGUUUGCAAAUUUGAAAAAAGUGGUGUACAGUCCGACCAAUGGGAACUAUUUGGUGGUGAUUUAUGGGAAGUUCUUAACCGUGCUGGAGACGCUGAACCUGAACAAACUGGUAUAAAAAAAUAUGCAUAUGGUUUUGAUAGAGAACAAGUGGAACAAUAAAAGUAAAAACUUGUGAUGCGGGAAGCUAGAUAAUAACGUUGCGCUGUCAUGCAAAAAACUCAAUAGAAGUAGCUGCCAAAUGAAGAUCAUCAUAAAAACUUUUCCAGGUUACCAUCAAGAAGCACACCUCCCCCAUCGCGGACGUGAGUUUCGACUUUCAGGCGCUUACCAUGGCGACGGUCGGCAUCGACGGGUCGUUCUACGUGUGGGACAUGUCAAACUACCACAAAAUCGCCGAGUAUUACCUCGAACCGCACAAAGACUGUACCGACGGGAAUUGUAUCAACUGCAAAUAUAUCAUCUGGGUCUGGAAGGAUGCAACUUGUCAUGCGAAGUCUGGACUGUGAAAAAAUCUGUGUUGCGUGAUUACCAAAAGUUGAUGUCCACUUUUGUUGACCAUCAAUUUGCGAGCAAAAGUUCCUCAUGCGGGCUAGGCAUGAGAAAGAUCUUACAUCAGAAUCUGUCAUGCUAUGUCCUGCACGUCAGACCUCCUGGGUCCUCAUGGAAAACCUGCAUGACAAGUCUCCCAAUUAUCUUCCAGGCAUCCAGGGAUAUUUGCAGUUGAUAAAUUGUUUGCUAACGGAAGAUAUGCAAUGCAAAAGCAUCGUACUAGUAUAAAUUGCAUGACAAAUUAGGCCAGCAUUACAAAUUUGAUUUGUAAUGCUGAUUUACCUUGAAAAAGAGAUUUGUAAUGCAGAAAUGCAAUUACUACGACCACGAUACUUUUGCACAGGAUAGAAGAGGACAAGAAAUCCAUGGGCGCACGGUCGCAGUUACUUUCCCUGUACGAAAAUUAUGAACUGCAAAAGUAUCGUACUAGUGUAAUUGUUGCAUUACAAAUUGACCUAGCAUUUUUACAGAUUGAAUUUGUACUGCGGAUUUGCCUUUUUAGCAAAAAGAUUUGUAAUGCAUAAACGCAAUUAAUACUUUUGCACAGGAUAAAAAUUUCCACGCGACCAUCGCCUUCGACGGGGACGUGACGACGAACCGGAGGCGAUGUAUCAAAUGCAAAAAUCCCUGGACGUCUGGGAGGAUGGAACUUGUGAUGCGUCCCGUGGGUCACACAAAAAUCUGUGUUGCGUGAUCACCAAAAGUUGUCCUUUUUUGACCAACAUGAGCGGGAGUUUCUCAUGCAGGAUUGGCAUGAUAGAGACUUCGCAGGACCUGUCAUGCUAGGUCCUGCAUUCCUGACGUCAUGGGGCAUGCGAAAUAUGCAUGACAAGUCUGAAUUUUCCCAGACCCAGACAUUUUUGCAUUUGAUACGGUGGGUCGUGGCGCUAUCUUUCAAAACGCUGAAUACGAAGGAAUCGCUGGGGAAAACGUACGUACGCAUUGCAAGAGAACAUCAAGCACCGUAAGUAUGUCAAGCGCAACUACAUGAGAAAUUUUUCGUAGCAUGACAAAUCAAGAUCAAAAUCAUGGAAUUUGUAAUGCUAAUGCGAGUUCACGUUCAGCUCGAGAGGGAGACUAGUCAUGCCUGAUGCACUUUUGCAAUGUCGAUACUGUGGUAGGUUGUACGACCUGUAUUUGACGCCAAUAGCGAAUUCCGAGUCCGCCACGAAUCCCGAACUACUCGCGAACGUGGAGCUAGCCUGCAAGUUGGAAUUACCCGACGCCGCGAAAGAGUCGAUUUGCUCUGUCACGUUUGAUAGGAAAUUACUCGCUCUGUCCCGUGACGAACAGCGAGACUCGGCCUGGUUGAUGGCAAGUCGGGAUUUGGUAUCAAAUGCAAAAGUGUCUGGGUCUGGAAGAUUCUGAGACUUGUCAUGCAUGGUUUGCGUGAGCGAUGAUGUCUGUAAUGCAUGCCCUGGCAUCACAAUUUUUUGAAGGGAUUCUUGAUGCCUGUUCCGCAUGAGGACAAAUGCCCUCUCCGCGUAGCAAAAAUUAGAUUCCUUUUGCUGGUCAUGCAACACAAAUUUUCUAGACAUCCAAACGCAGCAUCACAAGUUGCAUUCUUCCAGACCCAGACAUAUUUGCAUUUGAUAUUUGGACUCCUUACCCAACGCGGCGGCGAAAUAUGAAUUGCAAAAGUAUCGUACUCGUAGAAAUGCAUGACAAAUAUAUUUCCUCAGCAUGAGAAAGAACAUUUGUAGUGCUGACUUGCCUCAAGAAAAAGAUUUGUAAUGCAUGAUUGCAAUGCGAGUGCGAUGCUUUUGCACAGGAUACGACAUACGGGGGAACCACGUUGUUUGCGACGACAACAAGCGGCACGCUUUGGAGUUACCCGUUUCCACUCAGCAAAAGCGCGAGUUACGAGGAAUUUUUCGUGCACUGUGUCAGGAGGAAAAACAACAGGGCGUCGGUAAGGACGUACUAUACUUUAUGGUUCUACGAAACAAUACAACAGUUGGAGCAGGAUUUGGAUAUUUGCUAUAUACUUGUGCUGUCACUGUAAUCAUGACAUGCUUCUUGUUUGGCAAAUUUGCGAAGAAAAUAUUUUUUGGAGUGACUCAUUCUUCAAUGCAGGACCACCAGACUGUUUUCGGUUUCUUUAUGCAUUUCGAGUACUAGAAAAAAUAACGCUCGAACAUCCCCUCGCAAACGAUCGUCAUGUCCUCCCGUAAUCACAUCUAUUCCAAAGAACGACCCAAGCGGUAGUUUUUCAUCUUUUUGAUUUUGUUGGAAACGCUAUGUACAAAUAACGCAAGGGUCCGACUCUCUGCGCCUUACUCCCCGGCGAGAAUCGGAUGGUUACCACGUCCUUAGUAUCCUGCGUAAAGACGUACCUACCCCAGUGGUGUCACGCAAAAGCGCAUGCUCAAAAUUAAAUGUUUCUCAUGCGGGGCCCCAUGACAGGUAUUUUCUAGUCGGGUUUAUUUGGAAUUUGUAAUGCUCGAAUCUGCAUGGUGGGUUAGAUUUGUGAUGCUUCUGAACGAGGUAAACAGGAUUACAGUACGAGGCCGAACUUGUCAUGCGCAACGCCCUCAGCUUGUAGAUUUGUCUAGCAGAUUUCCCAUCGUGACUAUGGGUUGGGGACGCUUUUCCUCGGGAUACUUGGAUGGCAGCAUCUUCCUGUUAUCCGUCCAGGACCAGUUCGAGGUAGACAAAACCAAAUCCACCCGGAGCUCCUUUUCCCAGCAACAGCAAGCCGCAGCGGCUUCACCGGCGAAAGAUAUCCUGUGUAAGAACGCUUUUACCCCAGAGUCAAGAUGAGGAUUUUGCAACACACAGCCAGCUGUUAGUUGUGGGACCUACGCAUGACAAGCUUCGAUCUGUAGCGUAGUGCCGGGUAGGUACUGCAGCCGCAUCAGAAAUCGAUUUCCUUAUCCUGAUAAUAGCAUGACAAACUGCAAAAGAGCAUGAAAAAAUGCCUCUCAUGUAUGUUGCUGCGCAUGAGAAACGUUUCUGAUAUGCGAAUAUGCAUCACAAAUCUAGGGUGGAGACGUUUUUGCCUAGGAUACAAGCGGGGAAGACACCAUCGUCCUCUUCCACGUCGAAAAAGCAACUGCAGUCCCAGAAAACCUAUGCAUUGCAAAAAUAUCGCACUAGCAGUCUUUGCAUUACAAGUUGCCUCUGUAUGAAGACGCAUGGAAUUUGUCAUGCGAAUCCACCUUUGGAUGAGGAUUUCGAUUUGUAAUGCGUGAUUACAAUUACGACGAUAGUACUUUUGCAAUGCAGAAAACUUCCAGUCCAUCGAAGGACAGCAACAUGGCGAAGAAAUUGCCGAUAUCCCAAGUAAAAACAUCCCCACCCCAGAGUUGUGAUGCAAAUGCGCAAUGACAGGAACACUUGUAAUGCGCAGCUCCAUGAGCAGAGGCAUUUCCAAUCGUGUUGUCGAAUUUGUCAUGCUGUAAACAGGAUGAGAAAAUAGCUUUCUCUUGUGGCCUCCCUUCUUGCUAACCAGCACUACACUGCAGAGGGAAACUUGUCAUGCACAACUCCCAAAGCUUGGAGAUUUGUGUUGCGGACUUACCAGCAGCUUGACUAUGGGGUGGAGACGCUUUCGCAAAGGAUAGCCGAAGGGCGACGAGAUUUGCUUGAUUGAAAAACAAGACUUGGUAAAACUGGAAGAUCAGGUCGAGAAGUUGAACCACGAGAUUAAGCAAAUCGAGUUGGAUAGCAUGCAGAAGCUAGACCAGCAGAGUAUGACCCGCUCGAACGGUACAGUCUCAAACGUUACAGUAGAAUCUGGAUUUUGUAGUGCAUGAUGAGCAUGACAGACCCGCGCAGCGUUCCACUUUCUGCAAUGCAAAUUCUGCCAGAUUGUUCUAGAGCGGUUUGGGAGGACUCCAGAACUUGUCAUGCGCAAUGCUGUGGGAGUAGGCUAGGUCAUGCACCUUUUGCAUCACAGAUUUCCAGAUUCUUUAUGUAACGUUUGAGAUUGUACCGCUUGAGCAGGUCAUACAGAGGUACGCGUACGAGGCGAGAUUAGAGUCGACGAAGAUAACGAGUUAUGGAAUGCAAAUAUGUCUGGGUCUGGGACAGCGGAACUUGUGAUGCUACAUUUGGACUCCGAAACAAUCUCUAUUGCAUAAGCAGCAAAGGGGAUGUAAUUUUUGCUACGCGAUGAAGAGGACAUAAUGUGUCAUGCGGAAUAGGCAUCAAGAAGCCCUCAAAAAAACUUUGAUGCUAGGGCAUGCAUCACAAACAUCAUGGCUCAUGCAAAGCGUGCAUGACAAGUCUCAGAAUCUUCCAAACGUCCAAAGAUAUUUACAAUCCAUACGAGUGAGAAGUCAGAAGUGGAAGCAUUGAAGGAAAGGAUAGUGCUAUUGGAGGAUAUUAUUCAGGAAAGGGAACAGGUAUAGAAUAGUGUGACAAUGGUGCUGUUUCUGGGGAAUGUUAAAGAUGAAGUUGAAGUUUGAUGCUGCGCAUGACAAUGGCAAUGCGUGUUGCGUGAAAUGGAAAUCGCAUUCGCAACACGACAUAAAACUUCUACAGGAACCCGUUCGGAUGGUGAAAGCGUUAGAGGCCCAGCACAUCGCGGCACAAGAGCAGCUGGAGGGUAUGUACUCUGCGAAACUCCAAAUGGAAAACGACCGGUAUUCGCAACUGAUAUGAAAGUGCACAUAGCUCCCCCUCCCCCUCAUUUGUCAUGCAAAAUCCCAAAUCUACGGUUUGCCUGUUAGCACCUUUUGCAUGACAGACUCACUCCGAAAGUCAAAACAGCACUACACUCCUGUCAAUAAAAUUUGUCAUGCAAAAGGUGCAUCUUUAGCAGCGCCUGUGUUGCUGUUCAUGCAACACAAACGUGGGGGAGGGGGAGUUCUUGUGCACUCUCAUACCGGACCAAGGAGAUGUACAUCGCGAGAGAGGAAGCGGCCGAAAAGUUGGAUAAAACGAAGCAAUAUGGAUUGCAAAUAUGUCUGAGACUGGAAGAUUGCAACUUGUCAUGCUAAAUCCGAAGCAUGCAAAAAUCUGCGUUGCGUGAGUACUACCAAAAGCUGUCCACUUUCGACCAAGUUGGGAAGGAGUUUCUCAUGCAGGAUAGGCAUGACAGAGACCACCUCAUAGAGUCUGUCAUGCUAGGUCUCGCAUUCCAGACCUCAUGGAUCAUGGAAAACCUGCAUGACAAGUUUACAGUUACACUCCUCCAGACCCAGACAUAUUUGCUCUCGAUAAGCAAGAUUUGAAAAACGAAGCGGAGAAAACCGAAAAGGACUUGAGAAUCGAAAAUGCGGACAAGGUAUCAGGGUGGUCCACAACCCCCCCUUCUCCUCAUUUGUCAUUGACAAAACGCCAAUUGUUCCUCCUGCUGUCUUUUGGCACUGUUUGCAUGACAAAUUCCAAUUCCAAAAGCCCAAACAGGGGAACUUCUACACCAGGAGGCGCGGUUGUAGAGACUUGUCAUGCACAGGCUCCAUGUCGUUCGUAUUCGUUGGUGUUUCUAUUGCUGUAUAAUAAGCCCCCGUUACCGUUCAAAUGAGGAGAAGGGAGUAGAGUUGUGCACUUGCAUACCAGGGAGAAGAAAUUGCAAAGUACAAAGCGCUGAUAAAGUACGUAGAGCUAUCGCAAGAAAAAAGUGUUACAGUUACACAUUGUGUUGCAGGCCGAGCAAGACAGACAAGCUCUGUCAUGCCGGAUAUGCAUAGGAGCCUCGUUCCAUAGGUGUUUUCCCGCAGGAUUUCUGCAUUACAAAUUUUCUCUCUCAUGCAGAGAAAUUUGUGUUGCUGAAUUCACUACAAAUGUGGAGCUGUAACACUUUUUUCGUGGGAUAAGAGCAGCGGUACAACACAAUUUUAAAGGAUGAAGAACAGGACAGGGACCACGAGAUCUCGGGUUUGAUGGACCAAGCAACGAAAAAUUUGCAGGAGUCCUAUCCUGUGUAAAAACGUCCCCAGCACCUCCCCGGAGUUUUUCUUGUCAUGCAGAUUUGCAAGACCAGGAACAUUUGUGAUGCGCAUCGUCCCCAUGCUAGACAUUUAUUCCAAAAUCGUGUUCUGGAAUUUGUAAUGGUGCAAAAAGGAUAAAAGAAGCAGAUCGAUAAUUUGUAAUGCGGCUGUCCUUCCCGCCGAAGCCGAACUGCACUACAAUACAGAGAGGAACUUGAAGAUGUCAUGCGUGAGGACUCCCAAAACCUUCAGGUUUGUGUUGCACGACAAUCGUGAUCUUGACUCUGGGUUCAUCGGGGGGACGUUGUUACACAGGAUAAGUCCCAGUUCAAAGUCAACGCACUGAAAAAAGAGCAAGAGACGCUGCUACGGGGGUUAAACGCUAUGGAAAAGGAGAGGCAAAGGUAUAGUUCUUGGUGGUUCUGCAAGACUACAGCACUAUUCACUAUUUGUAGGUGUUCUGCAUGACAAAAUUAGAAUUACGGGUUGGUUUUACUUUUAGCGCUGACAUUUGUUCUGCAUGACAAAUAAAAUUUUGCGCAUCUACAACAUCAAGGUUCGCGCUCCUGAAGUUUCUCAUGCAAAAAAACUGCAUCUGCAUGACAAAAAAUACAUCUCUCAUGCAACUGCAUGCAAAUCUGCAUGACAAAUUCUAUGUUUGUCAUGCAGUUUUUUUCUGUCAUGCAAGUGGAAGCGCACAUUUCUAUCUGCAUGACAAAUCUGGGGCAUUUUUUCCUACCCUGGAACCAGGGUAGGAAUGCCAUUUUUGGCUAGUUGCUGCAGUUUCAAUAGUAAUAAAAUUUUGCGCAUCUACAACAUCAAGGUUCGCGCUGUGAUGUAGGCCUCGAUUACAUCAUGCGAAAUAUGCAUGACAAACCUUGCAAUCUUCCAGAUCCAGACAUUUUUGCAUUUGAUAAGCAUGCCGAUCAUGCAAUUUUUGUUCCGAUGCGAUUUCCCGAUGCAUUAUGAUCUCAUGACAGAUCAUUUCACGACAUUGCAUGACAGAUCAUUUAAAUUUGCAUGACAGAUCAUUUAAAUUUGCAUGACAGAUCAUUCAAAAUUUGCAUUUCAUGAUCUCAUGACAGAUCAUUUAAAUUUGCAUGACAUGCUCGGAUUUGCGCAUGAAGCAUUUUUUUUUUGAAUGAUCUUGAGCCAUUGCGAUUUGCUGCGGAAAGGGAAAAGUGAUUUGAUGCAUGACAGGAUUUUGCGCGUUACAGCCUUUUCUGCAUUACAGGACUUUCUGCAUUACAGGACUUUUGCAUGAUGCGAUUUUUUUUGCGGAAGGCCUUUGCGUGGUCGCGCGCCGUGUAACUGGCGGCCGACCCGGUCGGAGGCAAGCCCGGCCUCGGGCAUUAGACAGGACCAGCAAUCCGCGACUGCGGGUCAGCAGACUUCGCGGCACAGCCUCGCUGAUCGUCUCCUCCCCCUCGCGGCAUUGGCGAGCAGUCUAGCCUCCUUAACUAUUUCACUUCCACAAAAGCAACGAAAGCAAGUUUGGCCCGCUCAGAUUUAUAACGCAAGCUCCCCGAAGCUGCACGAUGGCCGGUGGGGUUCGCUUUAGAAAUAAUUUUGAUUGAACCAAGAAAAAAAUCCAUGCAUUUUCGAAAAUCCUACACUAACAAUGUUUUUUUCUGCGCAAAAUCUACAACAUCAAGGUUCGCGCUCCUCCAGAAAGAGCACGAAGAGAACGCCCAGCGCAUGACCAAGGAGAUGGGAGCGCUGCAAGAACAGAUAACCACACUGAAGACGCAGGUGACGGAGGCGGAAAAAGUGUCGAAAAAGAAGGACAAAGAAAUUCAGGAUUUGAAGCAAACCGUAGAGAAAACAGAGAAGCACAAGAAUGCGUUUGAGGUAUUUAUAGUAGAGUGGUGAUUUUAAAGUUUGUAUACUUUACUCGAUUUAAUAUUUUCCAUGAGUGCAAUGUAUCUGUCAUGCUUGUUCCGCAUGACACAUCAUCGCUGAUGCUUGUGCACUGUAAAGCGCAAGGCGAGGAAUUAUACCGCUCGAAACCAAUCCCAAUCCCGCCAACCACCAGGCCGAGCUCAAGUUUCUGAAUGAGCGGAUUUUCCCAAAGGAGCAGAAGAUCACGGAGUUUAUCGCAAGAAAAAACUGUGUCACUGUAUUAAACUUGUGAUGCAUAAAAUGGAACACAGAAAUAUUUGUCUUGCUUCAUAUGCAAGAACGUGGAUUUUUAGCUAUGUUUAUUUCCCUUAGGAAUCUCGCAUGGCAAAUCUUCUCUGUGCAAUGUAGAACGAACUUGUGAUGCAGAACCUGCAAAAACAUCCUUCCAGUGAAACAGUUUUUUCGUACGAUAGAGUUAACAGGCCAUCUACAGGAUGCGGGGAAAGAAUUUGUGCAGAAGCUAAAAUUAGAGCAGAACCAGCAGAAGUCGCUGGAAAAUUUGAAACUCACGAUCAAGCACUAUGUACUGCAAAAAUGUCUGGGUCUGGGAGAUUGCGAGACUUGUCAUGCUAGUCUGGAAUAACUCUGAACUCUGUAUUGCGUGGCCGCAAAGAGCUCCUCUUGUCUGUCAUGCAAAAACGCAGUUUCUCAGGCGCGGCACGCAUCUCUGAACUACGGAAAAACUUGUCAUGCUAGGGGGCGCAUGACAGUGUGCUCACUAUUUCCUUUCUUGCAUCACAAGUUUCCAGACAUCCAGAGAUUUUUGCAGUUCAUAAGCACCAGCAGGACACAAUAAAGCACACGGAGGAGGAAAAGAGGGAUUUAGAGAAGUACAUCAACAAAUUUCAACGGGUAUCAAGUGCAAAAAUGUGUGGGUCUGGAAGAAUGCAUGUUUGUCAUGCUUGUCUGACAUGACUCUUAAAUCUGUCAUGCACGUUCCCCAAAAGCUCCAUUUUUCUGUGAUGCAGAAACGCAGUUUGUCACGCAGAAUAGGCAACACCUAGAAGCUCAGAAACACAACGUCCCUACCGCCGCUUUCGAGCGAGCAUUUGUAAACUUACUCUUUAUGAGUAUUUACAAAAAACUAUCUGAUCUGAUCUGAUCUAAGCCAGCACCUGUAGCCUCAUCAUGAAACGCUACCCAGCAUCACAAGUUUCCAGACCCAGACAUAUUUGCAGUUGAUAACGGGAGCUCUACGGCAUGAUGCACGAGAAAACCUUCGCGGGGAAUGAUGAAGCCAAGAUCGGUUUGCAAAACUUGAGGCAGCUGUACCAGGACUACAGCGGCACCUAUGCCAGUGACAAUCCGGUUCCGGGCACCGCAUCGGGAGGUGGUCGCGGAGGAAACAAAGGAAGCUCGGGAACCAGUCAGAGUUCCAAGAAAUAUGAAAUGCAAAAGCAUCGUACUAUAGUAUACAUCGCAUGACAGAUUUUCUCAGCAUGAGAAAUGAAAUUUGUAAUGCAGAUUUCCCUGAGGGAGGGAAGAGAUUUGCAUCUGUAAUACAUGAUUGCAAUUACUACAACUGCGAUACUUUUGCUCUGCAUAAGAAACCGCCAGGAACCAGUGGAACGUCACACUCCGCGGCUUCGAGUUCCGGCGGGGCGGAUGCGGCUGGAAUCGAGGAUAUCGUAUUUAAAAUCGUCCCCAACCCAGAGUUGUAAUGCAAAUCUGCAUGAUGAAAAUGUUUCUCAUGCCGAGCCCCAUGAGAAGCGUUGUCUAGUCGUGUUUUGGAAUUUGUCAUGCUCCAAUCAGCAUGGUAUACUAGAUCUGUGAUGCUGCUGAGCUAGCUCAAGCAGCACUACGCUACGAGUCCAAAUUUGUCAUGCAAAACAGCCAAAGCUUGUGGAUUUGUCUAGCCGAUUCCCCAUCUUGACUACGGGAUGGGGACGUUUUUACAUAGGAUCGAGGAGAUGGACCGGCAGAAGAGGCAGCUGUCCAGAAGUUUGAAAAAACUCUCCUCCAAGUCCGAACAGCAAACGGAGAUGGGAAAGGUGAAUAACCUGCGGAAAAUCGGGGAAAAUUCCAUGCUAUGAACUGCAAAAGCAACGUACUAGUAUGAAUUGCAUUACAAAUUUGCUGAGCAUGAGAAAUGGAAUUUGUCAUGCUGAUUUGCCUUGGGAACAAGACUUGUAAUGCAAGACUGGCAUUUAUACGAGUGCGAUGCUUUUGCAGUGGAUACAUGCUGAUUGAGGAAAUUAACGCAUUGCGGAGAAGUCAAAAGGACUACGCGGACAAGGUACUUUUUUUACUGAUGAUGUUCUUGGAGCGGUUCUGAAAUUUUUAUACGGUGUUUUAUGGAUCCGGGUGGAUUCUGUUUCAUGCAUCAUGACAGAUUAGAUCCCAUGGGAACAAUGUGUAGUUGAUGCGGAUGACAAAAUGAGAAUCUACGCCAAAAAAAACUAUCAGAUAAAGCAAAUGGAGAUGGAGCUGAAGUCUUUAAAGAACGAGCAGGCCGGGAACGUCGGAGCCAUAUGGAUUGCAAAAAUGUCUGGGUCUGGAAGAUUGCAACUUGUAAUGCUGUCUUUGGAUUCCAAAAAAAUCUGCAUUGCAUGACCAGCAGCAGGACUCCAGUUUGUGGUACGCGGAGAGAUUUCUCAUGCGGAAUAGGCAUUAGGAAGCCCUCGAAAAAUCUGUGUUGCUAGAUCAUGCAUUAGAGGCAUCAAUCAUCAUACAAAACAUGCAUGGCAAGUCUGCAUUCUUCCAGACCCAGACAUUUUUGCAUUUGAUAAGCCAGCGCCGCCAACCAGAUGACGCCGUCGAAUAAUCUCGGGGGCGGCAUCAACGCCGGCCCGCGCACCCCUGGGAUAUCGUGUGCAAAAGUAUCGUAUUCGUAUUGCAAUCAUGCAUUAGAAAUCUUUCUCUUGAGGUAAAUCAGCAUUACAAAUUUUAUCUGUCAUGCUGAGGAAAUUUGUAAUGCAUUUAUACGAGUGCGAUACUUUUGCAGUUCAUAUGGGACCCGCGGUAGCAACGGAAAAAUGCCCCCGAUCGGACACAGCAAGAACAAACAGCUCCCCAAUGCGAAUAUCAAAUGCAAAUAUGUCAUCUGGGUCUGGAAGAGUGUAAACUUAUCAUGCGGGUUUUCCAUGACCAGCCAUGAGGUGUGGAAUGCGGGACCUCGCAUGACAGAGUCAGCGACGAGGUCUCUGCCAUGCCUGUCCUGCAUGAGAAAUCAAACUCCGUCCCAAUUUGGUCGAAAGUGGACAGCUUUUGGCACUCAUGCAACACAGAUUUUUGCAUUAUUCCGAUUUAGCAUGACAAGUUGCAAUCUUCCAGAGGACCCAGACAUUUUUGCAAUCCAUAGCGAAGUCCAGGGAACAAUUGCAGGAAUUCGCGUCCGCUGAUGGGUUCCCGCUCAUGAUCAGCAUGCAAAACAAAUAA